AUGAUGGGGAUGCAAAUCAAACUUUGUGGAGAUGCGAAGAUUAAUGGCUAUACAGUUAUCUUUGUUCAUCAAGAAAACUCUAUUUGUAUCACAGCCAUUAAAAACGGCUUGUGGCAUGCAGUAGUUGAUUGUGUGAAACUUGAUGAGUUUUGUGAUCUCGUCAAGCAAACGCGUAACCAAUAUACACAGAAUCUCUCAGAGUCUUUUAGUUCUUCCGACCCAUCUAGUUACUUCAAUUUAAGAGAAGAAGGGGCGAAUUUAAAUUUCGUGUGGUCAAAAGAAAUUAAGAAAGGCAUUAAAAUAAUCUUCGGAUCUUUUUACUUACAACCUUCAUAUAAUCCAUUAGAAUCACUUUGCGAAUUAACGAGUCUAAUCAUCAAUAGUCUCAAAGAAUCGAUUUUAUGCUGCAGUAAUUUCGAGAGAGAAAACGAGAAGCUAAAGUCUUUGGCUGAUAUGUCCGUAAAGAAAUAUGAAGAAGUGGUUUCUCAGAUAGAUGACAAAGAAAUUGUUCUGCUCUCGAAGUUUUCAGCUGUUCUGAAUGAAAAGAAAAGAAAGUUAGAAAGCUAUAAAUGUCCAACUUAUGCUCUAAGUGAAGUUGACAAAACAUCAGAAAAAUUGUCAUUGCAAGAGGAUUUGGAUGAUUUAAUACCUUCCAAGAACCGCAGAAAAUCAAAACCUGUCAUUGGUCGUCGUAACUGAUUGCUAAAGUAAGAUUACCAUUUACAAGCGUUACGUUCAUUGGUUCACAACUCUCAAGAUCAAGCAGCACUAUUACAGUGUUUCAGUAAUUGUGAGUGCAGUAGUAUUGAUGUUCACCUUGAAGAACUUCAAUGUAUCCUCUGCAAUUUCCUCUCAGUCAAUAGGUUGUAUUUACUUACUAACUGCCGAGCGAAGUUCUAGAUGUAUAUUUUUACAUCAUAAUAUGUCAUUCAACACCAAGAAACUUGUUUCGUGUGUUCGCUUUCCAGCUGUAACACACUUCUGGUGUUAUGCUCUAAGAAAAAAUGGUUCGUGUUGGCAAGUUAAUUAAAAAAAGCUAAUAGAACAUGUUAUCUUUGCCACGGUUUUCAUUCAACUCCUUCACUUCGAGAUAUGUAUGAUAACUCUUGUCAUGAUAGCUCAGAUAUAUCUCUGGGAGCCAAAGUUGUCUUUAAUUGACUUCCGUUUAUCUCAUUUGUCUUUUUCGAUAAUGCAAUGAGAAGACGAAGUUUAUCAGAAGACUGUCGCUCAUUCUGGA